CCGCCAGGUAUGCUGCGCUUUUUACUCCUCGGAUUGUCUUUCGUCGCCAAUGCUGUUUCAGUAGAAAAACAACAAAACAAAUCAUGGACAUUGGAAGACGAGGACAGUGUUCGUUGGGUUUCCCAAUUGAUGCCUUUAGCUUUGUCCAACUUCCAUCCGUGGUCGAGUAGAAAUGAAGAAUGCACGUCUCAAGGAUUGCUCUACAAGAAGCACCUUAGCAACUUGACAUUAUGGGCUGUGCAAAUGCUAGACUCUUCAGUUCUGGCGGAAACGGGUGUCAUCAGCGGUAGCGAUUACAAUUUUGGAAAUUACGACCAGUGUGUUAAAAUCCAUGUAGCUGAGUACAACCUGUACGGCAGGCAUUGCAUGGCCAACCUCCAGUUCGGACCUCGUUACUACAACGACACAGGGGGAGAGUCAUUGCACUACACCACUCCAGGACCAUUCAGCUCUGUUUGGGAGAAGAUCAAGAGAGUGAAAGAUCCUAGAAUAAAACAUAGGGAUCAUUUUUACUGGUCCAUUUGCAUACCCUCGGGAUGUGAUCAUAAUGACUUGGAAGAGUCCUUGCAAAGUGCGAUCAUCCCCUACUUUGAGAGGAGUAACAUAACCGUCAACGUGACUGUCGGCGAAUUCAACUGCGAAGAAGCAAAUCCAUCAGUGAAGCUAUCUUCGGGAACAUUGGCCUAUCUAUUCACAUUGGCUGGUUUCACGCUGUUAACGUUUAUCGCUACACUUUUGCACUACUUCGUGUACAGAAACGAAGAGAAAGAAAUAAAAGUUAACUUAUUACUGAAGUUUUCGUUGCUCAAAAAUUGGCCAGCGUUAUUCGAACCAGAAAGAAAAAAAGAAUUGCAAUUCAUAAGUGGUAUAAAAGUUCUUUCAAUGUUCUGUAUUAUCUAUGGGCAUAGGAUGUUGAUAAGUUACGCCUUUCCUGUAUUGAAUGCCGAGGAUCAUGAACAGAGGACUACAGAACUGAUAGAAACAAUAAACUUGAGUGGGAAUAUUAUAGUUAAUACUUUCCUUCAUGUCACUGGUUUCUUGAUGUUUACAAAGCUACUCAAUGAUAUGGCCAAGAAGAGAGAUAUUAAUGUCAUCGUUUAUUUAAUUUAUAAAUGGGUCAGGACGACACCAGUCUACGCAGUGAUAAUAGGUGCUUUUUUAUUUUUGAAACCUUUAAAGACGAAUGAGCCAUUAUGGAGAAGUCAAGGACUACCAAGACUUGAGGCGUGCAGAAAUAACUUUUGGGCUCAUAUUUUGUACAUAAAUAAUUAUUAUGAACCUGGUGCUGAGUGUUUACUACCUUCAUGGUAUCUGGCUGUAGAUAUGCAAAUGUUUAUUAUUUGUGUUAUAAUUGGAUACAUUAUGUCGAAACUCAAGAAAUUAGGAUAUUUUCUUUUAGGGUUAUCUUUAACGAUAUCCUUAAUCAUACCAUCAGUCGUGGUAUUUUAUAAAGGAUAUGAACCAAUUUUGAAACUGUAUAUAAAUUUUGUAAGAAAUUACCGAAAUGAAGAUGACUACAUAAAUGCCUACGUGCCAACACAUAUGAGGGCUGCUCCUUAUAUCUUCGGUAUGGUGACCGCCAGCAUUGCUUACAAAUUGCAGAAAAAGGAAUUCCAUUUCAAAAGUGUACAGAUGAUAGUAGGAGUUUUAAUAACAUCUAUUUUGUUGAUUGGAACUCUGUUUUCUUCUUGGAUAUUCUACAUGCCAGACAGAAUUCCAUCAGACAUCGAAAGAAUAGUUUAUCCAUUUGUUCAAAGAACAACCUGGUCUCUUGGAAUAUCCUGGUUAAUUAUAUCAUCCUUUCUCAAUGGAUAUGGUUACAUCGUCAAAAGGAUUCUUAGCUGCUCAAUUUUUAUUCCACUGAAUAAAUUGACACUGUGUGUCAUGUUAAUUCAUCCUUUGAUACAAGGUUAUUCUUUGUUAAUUCAAAGGCGGCCAAGCUACAUAGACACCUCUGUUCUAGUUUGGAUGGCUGCUGGUGAUCUCUUUAUAUCUUACUUCCUGAGUCUUAUUGUUUAUUUAAUUGUUGAAACACCACUUGCACAACUUCAAGAUAGCAUUUUGAGGAGGAUACUUUUGAAAGAAAAGUGAUAUGUAUUUAUGUAUGUAUAUACGGUUUAUACAUCACUGAAAUGAUGGUGUACCAAUGAUUGUUAUGUCAGCAUUUUCAAGAUUUGUUUUUAUUGUCAGGUCUGCUGAUACUGUUAAAUAAAAUUGAAAUAAUAAGUAGUAAUGUCACUAGUUCUUUUUGAUAAUACUGUGUAUUAAUAUAUACUAUAUAUGUGAAAACAAGGCAAUAAUAAAUUCUUUGUGUUUUGUUAAGCUCGAUAUUAU